GGCGGCGGCGGCGCGUGCGCGGCGGGGCGGGGCGGCCCCGCGGCGAUCCGGGAUGUCGGGCCGGCUCCUGGUGACGUAGCGGGAAGGGCCGCGCCAGACCCCCGCCCGCCGCUGUCCCCCGGCACGGCACGGGACCCCCCACACCUCCUCCGGUUGUCGCCCGCCAUGGGCAGAGCCGCGGCGGUGGGAACGGGCAGGGAGUCCGGGGCCGCCGCUGGGAAUGUGCCAGGCCCUGCCGCCGCGUGAGCACCGGCACCGGCAGCGUUGUCCGCGCCCGCCCCGGGCCAAGCCGGCGGCGGGUGCCAUGAGCAGCAGCUGCGCGUCCCCCGCCGCCGCCCGCCGCCGCCUGCAGCGCCGGGAUCGAUAGAGGCGGGGGCUGCGGACGCGCCAUGGCCGGCAGCGGCUACACGGACCUGCGGGAGAAGCUCAAGUCCAUGAUGCCCUACCGGGACGGCCACAAAGGCGGCGGCGGCGGCGGCGGCCUCCCGCGGGAGCCCCCCGAACCGCCGUACGACCGCAAGCGGCGGCACCAGGAGGACUCCGGCUCCGAGCCCAGCGACUACGAGGAGCAGAAAGAGGAGGAGGAAGCUCGCAAAGUGAAGAGCGGCAUCCGCCAGCUUCGCCUCUUCAGCGCCGAGGAGUGCGCCAAGAUCGAGGCGCGCAUCGAGGACGUGGUGUCCCGGGCGGAGAAGGGGCUCUACAAGGAGCACACGGUGGAUCGGGCGCCGCUGCGGAACAAGUAUUUUUUCGGGGAAGGCUACACCUACGGGUCUCAGCUGCAGCGGCGAGGCCCCGGCCAGGAGCGCCUGUACCCGCGGGGGGAGGUGGACGCCAUCCCCGAGUGGGUGCACGACCUGGUGAUCAGGAAGCUGGUGGAGCACCGGGUGAUCCCCGAGGGCUUUGUGAACAGUGCCGUCAUCAACGACUACCAGCCGGGGGGCUGCAUUGUCUCCCACGUGGACCCCAUCCAUAUCUUUGAGAGGCCCAUCGUCUCCGUGUCCUUCUUCAGCGACUCGGCGCUCUGCUUCGGCUGUAAAUUCCAGUUCAAGCCCAUCAGGGUGUCGGAGCCCGUUCUGUUCCUGCCCGUGAAGAGGGGCAGCGUCACGGUGCUCAGUGGGUAUGCGGCCGACGAAAUCACACACUGCAUUCGACCACAGGACAUCAAGGAGAGGAGAGCUGUCAUCAUCCUCCGAAAAACAAGACUAGAUGCACCUCGAUUGGAAACAAAAUCCCUGAGUAGCUCUGUGUUGCCACCAGGUUAUAACUCUGACCGCCUGUCGGGAAGCAACCGGGACCAGAUCCUCAAACCAAAGCGGUCCCAUCGCAAAGCAGAUCCUGAUGCUGCCCACAGGCCACGGAUCCUAGAAAUGGAUAAGGAGGAGAACAGGCGUUCAGUCCUCUUACCAAAACAUAGGAGACGGAGCAACUUCAGCUCUGAGAACUAUUGGCGAAGGUCUUACGAGUACACGGAGGACUGUGACGACGAGGAGGAGGACGGCAGCCCCGCCAGGAAAGUCAAAAUGAGGCGACACUGAGGAUUGCACUUGCCAGGCUCGUGGAGCUGAUGAGAUUGGCCUCCAGUCUGUGAAAACUUUCUCCUCCCUCUGGCUAUCUUCCAUCUAGCUUCAGUUUUGGUUUUUCCUUUCAGGCUGAAGAGUAAACAGGAAGGAUUUGGUUUUAUGAAUGGAGGAAUGCUGAGACAUACGUGAGGAUGGAACAUGUCCAGUGCACGUGGUGUCCUGAGUCAUGGGUCAAGCGGGCACCUCUCCCUUAGGAAGCAGAUAAAGUUAUGCCAGGUUGUCUGUUGGGAUUUCUUUUGAAAACACCAAAAAGUUUAACUGUUUCAUUGCGCAAGAUUCAAGAAUUGUAUUUUUGUUUUGGUUUUUGGUUGGGUUUUUUUUUUUUUCUUUAACACUUUUCCUUUCCAAAUGUUCUAAAUAUGAUGUUUGACCCCGGGAGCUGAAAUUCCAUGGUGGGCUCGUAUUCCUUGUUUCACCAGAGGGCUCCUUGGUCAUUUUUACCUGGUGGUUGUUGGGUCUGUUUUAAGGGUGCCCUGCAGUAACUGGAAGUUUGAAGCUUUGCAGACCCCUCUUGCUGCGAUCGAUUUCAAAGGGUUUAGGACAUUUUUGUUGCACUUUAGUGUUUUAAAUGCCGUAGGUUUCCUUUCCAGACCCUUUUCCCAAGCCAGCGUGGGCUCGCAGCCCUGUGUCCCUGCGCUGCCCUCUCCAAGAAGAAUGUACUAGAGCUCUGGUUUCUCAGUGCUGGUCUGACUGGGGCUGUGGUGGAGGAGGAAGGAAACGUGGCCCAGCAUUGUCCUGAGAUCCAUAUUGGAAUCUCAGGGCUGCCAAGUGAGGGAUCACACUGAGCACGUGCUGCUUCCCAGAGCUGGGGAUAGCAAAGAGGAGUAGGAGACGCUGUGCUUGUGAGGGUUUGUGCCUUGGGACCCCCGGGGAAGAGCCCUUCUCCACUGCCCCUUCCAGGUGGAGAGAGCUGAGUUGGUGCAGCAUUCCCAGCACAGUGUCCCAACCCGGGGGACUGGCUGCACUCUCAUGGAGCAGGAGCUGCUGUGGCCCUGGGGGAGCUGAGCAGCUCUGUCCCCUCCGAGGCUGGCUCUGGGAGCAGGGACACUGCAGGGCUCGAGUUUGGCCCCAGUUCAGUGCAUCCAGCACUGAAAUUGCCUGCUUCCUCCUGGCUUAUUCCUGCCUGUGUUCCUGAGGUAGGGAGUUUUCUGGUUGCUACAGGAAAUGCUGAGAAGAAUCAGGCGUUCAGCCCUGUGGAGUUGUGAUAGAGCAUCUGCCAUCAUCAUCCUCUUCUCCCACCUGGUUUGUGUUAGCCCAGACCAAAGCCUUGGUGUUUGCAAAGUUUGGGGCCCAAUGCCAUAUUUAGAGCUGUACUUUUAAGGAAAACUUCCUCCAGUUGAUUCUUUGAACCCAAGUGUUGGCAGUUGUAAGGAGUAGUCUUAUUUUUAAAUUUUUACUGCUUUGCCCUCCCUCCAAUUGUAGUUUUUCUUAGUGUCGUGUCCCCCACACACUUCAUGGUCUGCACGCUUGGCAAUAAAAAGAUGUAAUAUAUUUUGAAA